AUGCCGGUCCGGAGGGGCCAUGUGGCUCCGCAGAACACUUUCCUGGACACCAUCAUCAGGAAAUUCGACAGUCAAAGUCGCAAGUUUGUCAUUGCCAAUGCAAGAGUGGAGAACUGCGCCAUCAUCUUCUGCAACGAUGGCUUCUGCCACAUGUGUGGUUAUUCGCGCGCUGAGAUCAUGCAGAAGCCGUGCACGUGCAACUUCCUGUACGGACAUGACACCAAGCGGCUGGCCAUUGCUCAGAUGGCACAGGCCCUGCUGGGGUCAGAGGAGAGGAAAGUGGAAAUCAACCUUUACCGCAAAGACGGUCAGUGCUUCCUGUGUAUGGUGGACGUGGUGCCGGUUAAGAACGAGGAUGGCUUGGUGAUCAUGUUCAUCCUCAACUUCGAGGUCAUGUCAGACGACACACUCAAAGACCACAACCAGGAGCUCAACCACCGCCUGCCCACCUGGCUUGUUACAGGUCGUCCACGAGGCUUCAAGCUGCGUCUUCCCCUGCUGCGCUCCCUGUCUAACAGUAAAGUGUCUCUGGACGACGCAGAGGUCGGUCAGAUCCCCACUGCUACACCCCUGCCUCUGCACCAGGACCACCAAAGUCGGGAGUCCCUAAGCUUGGGAGAGUUCCUGCCCUUGCCCCACAUUCCACCAGACCACAAAGAGCCGAUCAGUAGAAGCAGGUCAGCUCUACAAGGUUGGCCAGAAGACCAGGAAGACCAGCGCACUUUACUGAGCUCUGAGCCUCCUGCUCCCCCUCCACCUCCUUGCCCUCCACACGGAUCUCACCUGGUAGGAUCCAGUCACACCCAGUCGUCGCCCUGCAUAGUGCCCCACCACCGCCUCAGCCUUAACCCGGACGGCUCGGUCUCCAAUUGCACCUUGUCACACGGCCGCUCGCGAGAGAGCUUCCACAGCAUGCGGCGCGCCUCCUCCGUAGACGAGAUCGAGGCCAUGAGGCCCGACUGGGACCGAAAGAACCGGAGGGCGAGUGUCCGACCGGGCAGCAGCAGCACCGGUGCAGUAAACAGUAAAUCCAACAUACUGAACUCCACAUCAGACUCAGACCUCAUGCGGUACCGCACCAUCUCCAAAAUCCCUCAGAUCACGCUCAACUUUGUGGAUUUCAAACCGGACCCGCUCAUCGCCCUGCCCUCUGGGGAGAUGGACAUCAUAGCUCCGUGCAAACUCAUCGACCGGACGCAUCACGUCACGGAGAAAGUCACGCAGGUGCUGUCUCUGGGUGCAGAUGUGUUGCCAGAGUACAAGCUCCAGGCUCCUCGCAUCCACAAGUGGACAGUGUUACACUACAGCCCCUUCAAGGCGGUGUGGGACUGGCUCAUCCUGCUGCUGGUCAUCUACACCGCCAUCCUGACUCCUUACUCAGCCGCCUUCCUCCUAGAUGAUCAGGAAGAUUCAUCCUUGCAGAAUUGUGGAUACUGCUCUCCUCUCAACGUGGUGGACCUCAUCGUGGAUAUUAUGUUCAUUAUCGAUAUCCUCAUCAACUUCAGGACGACCUAUGUGAACACUAACGAUGAGGUGGUGAGCCACCCAAUGCGCAUCGCCGUCCACUACUUCAAAGGCUGGUUCCUCAUUGACAUGGUGGCUGCCAUUCCCUUUGACCUGCUCAUCUACCGCAGCGGAGAGGAGACCACCACUCUGAUCGGUCUGCUGAAAACAGCUCGUCUCCUGCGAUUGGUCCGCGUAGCCAGAAAACUGGACCGCUACUCAGAGUACGGCGCGGCUGUCCUCUUCCUCCUCAUGUGCACCUUCGCCCUCAUCGCUCACUGGCUGGCCUGCAUCUGGUAUGCCAUUGGCAGUGUAGAGAGAAACGGUUCAAUCGGCUGGCUCCACACACUGGGGGACCAGCUGGGUAAACACUACAACGGUACCGUCCCAGGCUCAGGACCCUCCAUCAAAGACAAGUACGUCACGGCUCUGUACUUCACCUUCAGCAGUCUGACCAGUGUGGGCUUUGGAAAUGUGUCUCCCAACACCAACUCUGAGAAGAUCUUCUCCAUCUGUGUUAUGCUCAUUGGCUCCCUGAUGUACGCCAGCAUCUUUGGGAACGUGUCAGCCAUCAUCCAGCGGCUGUACUCAGGGACAGCCCGCUACCACACCCAGAUGCUGAGAGUCAGGGAGUUCAUCCGCUUCCACCAGAUCCCCAACCCGCUCCGGCAGAGGCUGGAGGAGUAUUUCCAACACGCCUGGUCCUACACCAACGGCAUCGACAUGAACGCCGUGCUGAAAGGUUUUCCAGAGUGUCUCCAGGCGGAUAUCUGCCUCCAUCUGAACAGAACAUUGCUGCAGAACUGUAAGGCUUUUAAAGGCUCUACUAAGGGCUGCCUCAGGGCUUUAGCCAUGAAGUUCAAGACCACCCACGCACCCCCGGGUGACACGCUGGUCCACGCCGGGGACGUCCUCACCGCCCUCUACUUCAUAUCCAGAGGAUCCAUAGAGAUACUGAGAGGGGAUGUGGUGGUAGCCAUCCUAGGAAAGAACGACAUAUUCGGCGAGCCUAUCAACCUGUAUUCCAGACCAGGUAAAUCCAACGCUGAUGUGAGGGCUCUAACAUACUGCGACCUCCACAAAAUCUUUAGAGAAGAUGUUCUGGAGGUGCUGGACAUGUAUCCUGAGUUUGCGGAACACUUCUGGAGCAACCUGGAAAUCACCUUCAACCUGCGAGAUACCAACAUGAUCCCAGGCUCUCCCAGCAGUGACGACUCUAAAUGUGGGGGGUUCAACAAAUUGCGCAGACGCAAGUUAUCAUUCCGACGACGCACAGAAAAAGAUGAUGCAGAUGCUGGUGAAAUUAAAAAGUCUCACAAGUCUGUGCGGCGAAGACAGAGGGAAGCAGCCAACAACCAAAAACAGGAGGAGGCAUCAAAGAGGCAGUGGGAGGCUCAUCGAACCUCUGUGUCUUCCCACUCCAGUGGUGAUGAGGGGGAGGAGUCAGUUGUGACCGGACUCGCCCCUCCGCCUGCGAUGCUGGAGAGUCCGCCGGCUCUGGCCACACCCAUGAACUUCAACGACAACACCGAGGGUGAGGGAGACCCCAAGACUGGCAACACCUGCAACGCCCUGUCAGGUGCGUUCUCGGGCGUGUCCAACAUCUUUAGUUUCUGGGGGGAGAGUCGAGGGGGCGGUCAGUACCAGGAGGUUCCCAGCUGCAGCCUGGCCUCCCCUCCGCCCCUCAACACGCCUCUGCACAGCCUGAGCCGACAGCAACGCAACCAGCUGGACACACGUCUGGAAAUGCUGCAGAAACAGCUCAACAGGUUGGAGAGUCGCAUGUCAACAGACAUCGGAGCGAUCAUGCAGCUGCUGCAGAGACAGAUGGCCCUGGUUCCCCCUGCUUACAGCGCCGUCUCAUCACCACCUCAGGCCUCACCGUAUCCUGGUCCAGGUCCAGGACCAGGUCCAGGAGAGAGACUGGUUCAGCCUGUUACACCUCUGGAGACAGACAUUCUGGCCUCCUUGUCAGAGAUCUUGGAUUCCCAGGACUUUGAGGAGUUCCCACCCAAACCUCUUGACUCUCUGCAACCCCAGGAGUCACCACUGAUCAACACCACCCAGAGCCAGCCCGCCCCCUCUGGCCUGGACAGCCUGGGGCAACAUCUGGAGCUGGAGCUCGGACUGGGAACAGGGGCUGCAGUCAUUUCAGGGCCAGCAGUAGGUUCAGGUUCAGGUUUAGGGUUAGAUUUAGGGAGCGGGGCAGCAGUGGGGUCAGGUUUAGGAGCGGAGUUAGACUUUGGUUCAGGGGCGUGUAUGGGGGCCGGGGUGGAGCCGGAAGCUGGAGCUGGAGCUGGGGUAUCUACCCUGGAUCCCGAAACCCAAAGGAGGAUGUCCCUCCAAGAACCACAGACAUCUCUGGACUCACGGACACCACAGAGACACAGCUCCGACCCAGGGGGGAGCUAA